GUAGUACAAUGACUGUUGUUUGAUGAGUAACAGGGGACGGUGCUAGGCAAUUUCAGUGAGUGCAGUGGUCAAUAUAAAGCGAAUAGAUUAUUAUAUUCUGACGCAUUUGUGGUGUGCAGUUUUAAGAUUGGCAGGUUCGUCGGAGGGGGGGGGGGGUGAAGAAAGAUGUCACUUCGCGGAGCGAUAUAGUGCAAAUGAGGCCACAUCGGCAGUGACGCGGUCUCUAGUGUUUCCGGGCAACUUCGCGGAGAAGGGACUGAAUACCUCUAGCGAAUUGUUUUUCAGCACUAAACAACGAUACAUACGUUGGACACAGUUGGUUUGCCAGCCACGAGGGGGACGUUGACUAUUUAGUCAUUGAAAUUGUCGAAGUGCGAAGACCUGACGUAAUAAAAUGGCUGACCAACUGACUGAGGAGCAGAUUGCUGAGUUCAAGGAGGCCUUCUCACUGUUCGACAAGGACGGCGAUGGCACCAUCACCACCAAGGAGCUGGGCACUGUCAUGCGCUCUCUGGGACAAAACCCUACUGAGGCAGAGCUACAGGACAUGAUCAAUGAGGUGGACGCCGAUGGUAACGGGACAAUCGACUUCCCAGAGUUCCUGACAAUGAUGGCGAGGAAGAUGAAGGACACAGACAGCGAGGAGGAGAUCAGAGAAGCCUUCAGAGUCUUUGAUAAGGAUGGGAAUGGCUACAUCAGUGCGGCAGAGCUGCGCCACGUCAUGACCAACCUCGGGGAGAAGCUCACAGACGAGGAGGUGGACGAGAUGAUCCGCGAGGCCGACAUUGACGGAGACGGACAGGUCAACUAUGAAGAGUUUGUGCAGAUGAUGACAGCCAAGUGAAGUAGACUGUGCUCUCACACAUUUCUCUCUUACAUUGCUUGUCCUCCUAAGAUCACGCUGUCUUUAAGAAAACAAAACAAUAAUCAAGCCAAAAUGUAAAACUCAAAUGAUUCAAUGUACAAAAUUAUUUAAUAAAAAAACAAAUCCAAGUACUUCUAGGGUAUCUGUUUUAAGAGUAACUGCAGAUGAAUCCCUAACAGAAGUUAAUGGACCAAGCUUUAACGAGGCAUGAGGCCCUUACUCCAGAGUAAGAUCCUUGGGAGUCUCCCAGAUGCCGAAGAAAUUUGAGGAAAGGGCAACACGGACGAGGGAUAGGAAUCCAUGCCAGAGAUGGCCGUCUUUUCCUCAUUGAGAGAAGCUUACUAUUUAGAGAGUUUUUCUAACAUAUAUAUAUAUAUAUAUACCCUGAGUGUACAGAACAUUAGGAACACCUUAAUGUUUAGUUCCCCCCCCUUGCCCUCAGAACAGCUUCAAUUCGUCGGGCAUGGACUCUACGGUGUCGAAAGCGUUCCAUAGGGAUGCUGGCCCAUGUUGACUCCAAUGCUUCCCACAGUUGUCAAGUUUGCUGGAUGUCCUUUGGGUGGUGGACCAUGGUUGAUGCACACAGGAGCGUGAAAAUCUCAGCAGUAUUGCAGUUCUUGACACACUCAAACUGGUGCGCCUGGCACCUACUACCAUACCCCCUUCAAAGGCACUUACUUUUGUUUUGUUUUGGCACACACACAAUCCAUGUCUCAAGGCUUAAAAAUCAUUUUUUUAACGUCUCUUCCCCUUUAACAACUUGCAUCAAUAAGGGAUCAUAGCUUUCACCUGGUCAGUCUAUAUCAUGGAAAGAGCAGGUGUCCCUAAUGUUUUGUACUCUCUGUGUGUAAUAAACACAUGUAAAAAUGCUAACAGUUGGUGCAAGAAUUACAGUGGGAAAGGUUGCUUUGGUGCUCGGUUGAGGAGAGAAUUCACCCAUUCCUAAGGGGUUGUGGGGAGUUGAUAGAAAAGCACUGGUUGAUUGGUUGGUUUUCAUUGUAUUUUCCGUUGUUUCGGCAGGCUGUUGUCUUUCGUUCUCAAACAAGGCUUUUAAUUUCCCAGCACCACUGACCUAUGGCAUAGGAGUACCGAGAUGUACAGUUUCAGAAUGUUGAUUAUGGUAGCACACUUUGAGAGCAUUGCUGUGAAGAUAUUCUAUCUUUCAUAUAUCCUGAUACAAAUAUGAAUGUCAUGCUUUUUAAAUGUAUGUUAUCAAACGUUAACGUAUAAAUUAAUUACACAUUUUGGUCACCCAAAUAUAUAUUAGUGUAUCGUAAACUUUGCAUGACCUAUUGUUGAUAUAGAAUGACCUGUGAAAUGUUUUGAAAUGUGCCAUAAUACUCUAAAGCCUCAACCUGGCAAGAACACUUAGUAAAUUAGAACAUAUUAUGAAUAUACAGUAUAAGCUAUAUACAGUACAUACCUAUUUGCACUUUGGUGUAAACUGUAAAUUUGAACAUGUUCUGUAAAAAAAGACAAUGUUGCUGCUGCUAGAACAACUAAUUUGUCUCUUGCUCCUGUGGAUUUGUUAGAUCCUCAUGUUGUCGUCAAGGUGUUCACAUCUUUUAUCCGUGCUCCGCUUGCUGUUCUGCUGAACAGAGUAUAUGGUCACUAAUAUACAUUUUUUGUCAGUGAGUUGAAAAACUAAAUCAGUUUGACGGGUAGAAAUUAGGGGUUGCGUUUUUUUAUUAUUUGGGGUUGAGUGAAAGGAAUGCUAGCAGAGGUACUGAAUCGUUGCGUGAAAGACAACUUGUGGACUAAAACAAUCUGGCUAGCUUUUACUGGUUGGUUAACUUUGAUCUACAGGUUGGAAAAGACACAUGGUUAAGGACUGUUAAACCUCUGGAGGUAGUGUACAAAUUUAAAGAUGUGAAAUGUUAAUGUUUGCCAUGAAUAAAUACAUUGACUGAACUUCA